GGUAAAAUUCUCUACAAAGUACGGUGGAAAGGAUAUACCUCUGACGAUGAUACCUGGGAACCAGAGGUUCAUUUGGAAGACUGCAAAGAAGUGCUGCUUGAAUUCAGAAAAAAAAUUGUGGACAAUAAGCCUAAACCUGUUAAAAAAGACAUACAGAAACUAUCUCUAAAUGAUGAUAUAUUUGAAGCAGAAUCUGACAGUGACUGGCAAGGUGAAACAAAAGAUGAUGCUUCUCCGAAGAAGAAAAAGAAGAAGUUGAAAGAUGGAGAGGAUAGAAGUCUAGAUGAUCUGAAGAAGAAAAAGUCUAAGUCUGCAAAACUCAAAGAAAAACCCAGAACAGAAUGUGAAAAUUCCUCAGAUACUGUGGUUUCGGAUUCAAAACCAAAAAAAAGGACUUCAGAAACCAAGGAGGAUUCAAAGGACCCAAAGAAACAAAGGAAAGAAGAUACUAAAGAAAUCAAGAGAAAGAAGGGAGAAGUUAAAGAUUCAAAAAUAAAAUCUAAAGAAGAGUCUAAAGAAAAUAAGAAAUCACGGAAGGAGAAGCAUGGAGAUGUUCAAUUUGACUCAGAAUCAACUAGUCUAGAUAAUGUCUUUUCUCAAGGAACUGAUAAUGAAAAUUCAGACUUAAAUUCUGAAAAUAAAGACGAGAAGCAAAUGGUAAUAAGUGGAGAAGAGACAUUGGAACAAGAAAUUGCUGAAAAAGAUUCCAUUGCUGAUGGGCAUCUUGAUGGAUCAGCAAGUAAUGAAGAUGAUAGUACUGAUGUUAAGGGUAAAAGAAAGAAGAAAAAAAAUCAGAAAGCUGAAGAUCAUAAAGAGGAAGGUAGAAAAAUCAAAACUCAAGAUACCUACUUAGAGAAUAAAAGUAUGCACAAAAGGCAAAAAGGUCAAGAAAAAGUAAAAAUGGUACCGGGAGAGUUGGAGAAAGUGUCACCUGCUCCUUCACCAGUGCAGAAGAGUUUGAAAUUGAGUGCCGAUGAAAGAGGGUACAAGUCCACUAAUUCAGCUGGGGAGGAGAAAGAAGUAAAGAAAAUUGAAACAAAAGAAAAACCUCAAAAAAAGGAGCCUGAAAAAGAAGAAAAGAACAGAAAAGAACAAAAGGGCCUAAAAAGCCUUAAGGACAUCAAAAGUGCAUUUGGCUUGUUUAAUGUAGCUUCAGAAGAAAAAAGUGAACGUUCUGAGAAUAACUGCAAAAGAGAAGAAUCUUCGUUAGAAUAUAAAUUCAUAGAAGAAUUAAAAUCAAAAGACAGCAGAGUGUACAAGGAAAGGAGGAACAUAAGAGAUGAGACAGACACAUGGACUUACAUUGCUGCAGAAGGUGAUCGAGCAGUAGUGGAUGUGUGUCAAAUGGAGAACUCUGAUGGCAAACAGCAAGUCUUGAGUUUGGGUAUGGACAUGCAGUUAGAGUGGCUGACACUAGAAGACUUCCAGAAGCAUCUUGAUGGAGAAGAUGAGAAUCAUGUGUCAACAGAACCGAUACCAAACACUCUCCUGAGGGAUGCUGUUAAAAGCGGAGAUUAUAUGACAGUAAAGAUGGCACUUUCUUCAAAUGAGGAAUAUAAUCUGGAUCAAGAGGACUCAAGUGGAAUGACCCUAGUAAUGCUUGCUGCUGCUGGUGGGCAUGAUGACCUUCUCCGAGUCCUAAUCAGGAAAGGAGCUAAAGUUAAUGGUAGACAGAAAAACGGAACCACUGCAUUGAUACAUGCAGUUGAAAAGAAUUUUUUAACAACAGUAGCUAUUCUUCUGGAAGCUGGUGCAUAUGUGAACAUGCAGCAGAGCAGUGGUGAAACUGCUUUAAUGAAGGCUUGUAAAAGAGGGAAUUCUGAUAUAGUGCGGCUUAUGAUUGAAAGCGGAGCAGACUGUAACAUCUUGUCAAAGCAUCAGAACAGUGCACUGCAUUUUGCUAAACAAUGUAAUAACAUACUGGUGUAUGAGCAGCUCAAGAGUCAUCUGGAAACGCUCACCAGAGUAGCAGAAGAUACCAUCAGGGAUUAUUUUGAAGCUCGUCUUGCUUUGCUGGAGCCAGUCUUUCCAAUUGCGUGUCAUCGUCUCUGUGAAGGGCCAGACUUUUCUACGGAUUUCCACUAUAAACCGCCACAAAAUGUGCCAGAAGGAUCUGGAGUUCUUCUCUUUGUUUUCCAUGCAAAUUUCUUUGGUAAAGACGUUGUUGCUCGGCUCUGUGGACCAUGCAGUGUACAAGCUGUGGUUUUAAAUGACAAAUUCCAGCUCCCUGUGUUUUUGGAUAGUCACUUUAUUUAUUCCUUCAGCCCUACUGCAGGCCUUAACAAGCUUUUUAUACGGUUGGCAGAAGCUCCUACUGCCAAGGUGAAGCUGCUAAUAGGCGCGUACCGAGUGCAGUUGCAGUGACCUCACAGCUGCGAGCAUGCUGAGUGGACUGAUGCUUUUUUGGAUAUACUUCUGAUUCCUCUGUUCAGAGACUGACCAAGCAGUUUGGAACUUUUUGGCACCACGCUCUUAAGACUUAAGUUCCCAUCUCACUGUCCCUCGUUGGCAGUCACAUAGGAAGGCGUCUGUUGGAGAGCAGUUCAAUACACUGCGCUGGUGGGACAGGGUUGUUGGCUUUUUUUACUUUGUACAGAUGUAGAUGUAAGUAUUUGUGCCAAUACACAUAAUCCUGUUUUUCUUGCGGCGUCCAGACUGCGUAUUUCAGCUUUUCCACAAUGUGGAAUGGUGCAUAUAAGAACUAUUUAAGGUAACUAUGUAAUUGUCUUUUUUAAUAGAGAGAUCUUUUCCAUUUGUAAACUAAAAUUUUCUACUUACUCUAACUGUAAUGUUUCUUUGUAAAAUGCAGAACUGUCAUAUUCUGGAGCCGUG